AUGGUUGGCAGCCAGGAGGUGGUGCAGGCGGGAAAGGGCAAGGAGGCCGCAGCUGCAGCAGCAUACGGCAAGCUCAGCAAGGACGACCCGCUCAAGCAGCACUACGAGGCCCUCUGGCCAGAGCUCGCCGCAGCCAAGCCACCAGCAGAUCAACCAGUCGUUGGAUUCAAGGCAGUGGAGGCAGCAGCUCGACGCUUGGACAAACUCCAGAAGAAGGUACGAUCGGCAGGGGAGCAAGUGGAGAGUGCCCAGCAGUACUUGGCUGAGAGUGAACGCAAGCUUCGUGAAGCUAUGGAAGCAUCCAUUGCAGCAGAAGAUGAGUUCGACAAGCUCAAGGCCACAGUCGGCAAGCAAGAGGUACCAGCCGAACCCGCAGCCGAGAAGCCAACGCUGGCAGCCCUCCUGGAGCAGUUCGAGCACGAGCCUGACGACUUCCACAAGUGGUCCGAGCCAGACAAGGAGGUCUGGCGAGCUGCAAAGGCCAAGGGUGAGCGCAUGGCCCAGACGGUCAAGGAGCACGAGGAGGAGACGGCGAAGCACCUGCGACUUCUGGAGGAAGAGACGGCCAGGCACCAGGAGCAGCUGCGCCAGCUCGAGCAGGCGCUGAGGCAGCAGGGUCAGCUGCUGCGGCUGCGCCUUACGGCGCCGCGGCAGCUGCCCAACCAGAAGCAGGUGCAGCAGAACAUGACAAAGCAGAGGAACGCCGAGCUAGAGUGGAGGCCCACAUCCAGGAGGCGCGAGAGAAGGUCUCGCAGGCCAGGCGCGCCGAGACAGUCGUCGACGCAGAAGGGCAAGGUGACCACUCAGCAGGGUAGCCGCCCCAAGGCGAGCACGAAGAAGGCUCGCCGCCCUUGCCACAUCGACUUCUUCAAUGUCACGACCUGGGGCCCCCAGGCACAGGGCUACCUCGUGGAGACCAACGACACCAAGGACAGGGACAUCAUCGGCAUCGCGGAACACCACCUCCGCCAGCCUGCGCAGAUAGGCAAGGCAAGAGCGGCGCUCAGGAGGAAAGGCAUGCACAGCUACUGGACCAAGGCACGGCCAGGAGAAGGAGAAGGCACUCGUGGAGGAACGUGUGCCAUAACGCGAGGAUCCUUGGACGUCCAGGACAGGAUCGCGGGCUUCGACGAGCACUACCUGCACGAGGACGGCAGCGACGUCACGGUGGUGAUCUCCAACCUGCACAAGGUCCGCCUCGCAGCGGCCUUCGUCUACCUCGAGUGUGGGACGGGCUUCGGAGAGAGGAACGUCGACAUCCUCUGCGACCUGCGGGAAAAGAUGGCCGUCUGGGGAGGGCCAUGGGCAGCGCUUGGGGAUUUCAAUAUGACGCCGUCGGAGCUCAACAACAGCAUCUGGCCCAGGGUGCUGAAUGCUCAAGUAGCAGCGGCGGAGGAUGGCGCCCCCACGUGCUUCCCAGCAGGAGGCGAAGCCAGGUGCAUGGAUUUCGCGCUGAUCUCGCAGGGCCUGGCGCCGUAUUUUGACCAGCUAGAGCUGCUCAGGACCGUGCCGUGGAAGCCGCACAUUGGCAUCCGCUUGAAGCUGAGAGGGCGGCCUCUAAAGCUCAAGGGCAGGGUACUUCGCAGGCCAGCAGCCAUAAAGCCACCAGUCGCAGUUGAGAGAAUGCCGAAGUCCAGAGCCGCUUGCAGGCGAGCGGCGCGAGGAGGCCAGGAGGCCAUGCGCCGACGUCAGCAAGCGUUGGCAGAGGCAGGAUGCGACCAGGAAGGAAACGACAUGGAGCCAGUGCCGCAGCUGUACUACGACAAGGAGGUCCAGCACGUCAUCCCUGACGAGCUGUGGCAGGCCACCUCCGAGAGGGUCAGCUUGCGUGUCUACGACGAGUUGCCCCAGCACUUGCAGCGCACUGUCGUCGGCAAGAUGAUGGAGCGGGACAUGCUGGAUCUGGGGCAACAGUACGACCACUUCGCUAGCACACUCGAGCUCAGCCUGUGCGAGAGCAUCGGCAUCCCAGAGGAAGAUCGAGGACGUCAUCUCGGGCACAGCAGGCCCCCGAGCUACGCGAGCGUGAGCAUCAAGGACACCGUCACCUCUACGCCAUGGGCAGGGGUUGAAAGGAAGAUCCAUGCGUGGUGGGCGGAGAUCUCCUCCUUGGUGCGGCAGCUCUCGCACCACGACGCCCGAGCGCAGGAGGCAGCGGCAAGUCGACAGGGCAAGACACAAGCACGUCCCGAUGAGGACUCGGGAGGAGGACAGGGCCCGUUGGAGCUGGAGCAUGGCCCCGUCAUCUCGGGCAGCCAGGAAGGGCGCAACACCAUGGACAUCCAAGAUCACGACCCCUUCGAGGAUGAGGAGGAGUGCUUGGAGUACCGCCAGGAGAUCGCAGACCAGGAAAACAGCGAUGGGUACCACCAAUACAUCGAGGGGCAGCAGGCCAGCCUCGAGUCCAGCCAGACCGCUCGCCGCCGAGCAGCUGGACCUGUUUCUCACCCACCAGCAGGACGCAGCACCAUGGACGACCAAGACCACGACCCCUUCGAGGAAGAGGAGGACCGCUUCCAGAACCGCCAGGAGACCGCAGAUCAGGAGGACUGCGAUGGGUACCACCAGCGUAUCGAGGGGCAGCUGGAUGGCAACGGCUACGGCCAGAGUCAGAACCAAGCGCCGCCAAGCCCAGAGGCAGAUGAGCAACGAGAUAUGGGCCUGCCCCCUACAGACCCCUGGAAUGACGACCAACACCAGCGGGAGCGGGAAGACUACGUGGCCAUGAGAGACGACCUGGAGUACUGGGCGGCCAUCUGGAUGGAUAACCUGGUGCAGCUCCCCACGGACAACAGCAACUGGAUGCAGAUCUGCGUGCCGUUCCUGGAGACCAUCCUGGGAGGCGGAGGCAACAAUGGCAUGGUGAGAUUGCUCAGACGUUGGUACCAGCAGACGCAGCAGCAUAUCAACACAAGACAGCAGCUAGCGCAGCAGCUCAACCAGCCUGACCCAGGCAGGCCGAACGAUGAAGGUGCAGCCAAGGACCAGCAGCAGGCCCUCCUCGCAGACCUGCACGCCAUAGCAGAGGGCGCCCUCGUGGACCCAGGGACGAUCAGCAGGGUAGCAGAGGAGGUAAAGAGCAUGGCCAAGCUACUCACAAAGGCGGUGAAGAAGGCGUACAUCCACUGGGUGCAUGACGCCACGGCUGGCAGUGCGAAGAUGGCCCACGCCUACACCAAAGCAGCAGAGCGCAGCCAUCUGGAGGACAUCCUAGAGCAUGAGGGCCAGGUCAUCAACCACCCGCAGCAGCUGGUGGACUUGCGCAAAGAAGCAUGGCAACGCAGGUGGACACGAGAUGCGCAGAAGGCCGAGAGGAUCCAAGAGGCGCUGGCCAAGCUGAGGAAGGCUGCCCUGGCCCAAGAGAAUGCCCUCGAGCCCAUCAGCAAGGACAUCAUAGGCUCCAUCAUCCAGCACCUGAAGAGCAAUGCAGGCCAAGGAGCGGACUGGUGGAGGGCUCCAGAGCUCAAGGCCAUGGGAGCCCAGGGGCUGGAAGAUUUCGUGCAGUGCCUGACCAGCUGUGAGCAACGGGCAGCCUGGCCGUGGCAAUUCUACCUGGUGCUGGAGCUGCUGCUGGGUAAGAAGCCAGGGAUCGGGGGAGAGCGCCCCAUCGGCCUCAUGCCCAUGCCGUGCCGUAUCUGGAGCGCAGCCAGGAGGCCCAUAGUAGCCACCUGGAGCAAGGCAGCGGCGGGCUUCUGGGAUACGGCAGUAGCUGGCUCCUCAGCGCUACGAGUGGCAAUGCACAGACUUAUGAGGGCAGAAGCCGCCACGGAGAUGGGCUUUCAUGCAGCAGGAGUGUUCUACGACGCGGCAAACUUCUACGACAACAUAGGCCUCGACCAGCUGAUCGAGAAGGCCAGUGCCCUCCAGUACCCGUUGCUGCCGCUGGCAAUGGCCGUGCAGAUGUACCUUGCGCCCAGGGCCAUCAUGGCCCACAGCCUCUUCUCGGACAUCUUUGAGCCUGCCAACAGCAUGGUAGCAGGCUGUGGCCAAGCGGUAGACCUCACCAGACCGCUCUUGUAUGGUAUCCUGGAUGCAGCGCACAGGCACCAUAUCUUCGUCGUCAUGCAGCAGUACCUGGACGACUUGGCCCUGCAGGUAGAGGGCGCGCGGCGGCAGGUCAUUGACCAGAUCAAGCACGUGGCGGCGCUGGUGCACGAUGGUUUCAAGCAGCUCGCGAUCCCCAUCUCAGUCAAGACGGCAGUGGUGGCCUCGGACAAGGACCUCCAGGCAGAAGCCGCCAGCAUCCUGGACAGCCUGGGCACCCCCUACAAGCAACCAGGGGUAGUGCGCGACCUCGGCGUGGAAACCAGCCUUGGGAAGCAACUGCGGCGACCCACCCAUGCCGCGCGCCAGGCCAAGGCCAAGCAGAGGGUGGCCAAGCUCAGGGACCUGGCGAAGACGGACGCCAGAGGCGCGGCAAAGGUCUAUGCAGCAGGUGCCUACUGCCAGCAGGCUUGGGACUUACCAGCGCACGGCAUCACGCCCACGGAGGCGAAGUUGGUCAGGGCAACGGAGGCAGCGCUCCUCACAGGCGGACACAAGGCUGGACGCUGCACGUCCACCAUCCUCCUGAUCCAGAGGGGUAUGCAAGAGGCAGUAACCCGAGCCAUCGGCGACCAGAUCAAGCAGUUCUGGCUCACCGUAGUCGACCACCCGACGGAGCUCAAGAGGUACCAGAGGGGCUGGCUCCUGCUCUACGCCAAGCUGGGCGCCCUGGAACCCAACCGCAGGUGGCAGCAGGUCAAGGGGCCCAUGGCAGGGGUCAUUGUGCAGUUGCUUGGGUUAGGCUGGAUACCGCGACGCCUGGACAGCUGGAUCAGCCCAGCAGGUGACGAGUGGGCCUACAAGCCAGAUGACAUUCCCCACUUCGGCGCGCUCCUGCAUGAGGUCCAGCAGAGCGCGCAGCAGCAGCUCUGGCAGCAGGCAGCUGGUCAUCGCAGUGGAGAAGGACUUCAGGCUGGAGGCGACCUCUAUCAGCUGCAGCGCCACCUGAGAAGAAGGAGGCGUAAAGGACAGCAUGCAGAGGCAGUAAUGCUGGAGACCAUAGCGGUGGCAGGCAUCUGGACCAGGGAGCGUCGCAGGGCGGCCAACCUCAACCAAGAAGGCGAUGACACCUGCGCGCGAUGCGGCGAGGCGAUAGAGACAGAGGAACACCGCUACUACGCCUGCCCUGCCAACGCAGAAAUAGGGCACAGCAAUGACACCGACCUGGCGAAGAAGGCGAAGGACGCGCUGGACCAGCGGCAGGACCUGCAUUUCUGGCUCCGAGGCAUCCCGCCAGCGGCCUGGGCAGCCAAGGUCGACCCAGACGAGGACGCGGCGAAGGCGGCGCAGAUCUUCUGCACCAGUGAAGAGGCACAAGCUGCAGCCCAGUCAGGGCACAAGGUGCGAGCAGACUAUGUUUUUACGGACGGCUCAGGUGGUGCAGGGGAAACGGCCAGGGACCCCCGCCUCAGACGCUGCGGCUGGGCAGUGGUGGCAUUCAGGUUCGACGAACAAGGUCGUCCGCAGGAAGUGGCUGCCCGGCACGGCACAAUCAGGGCACCGCACACGGUGCCACGGGCAGAGCUCACCGCCAUGAGCAAAGCCAUCGGCUACACCACGGCGGCGACAGCCAGGGGGCUAAACAUAGUCAGCGAUUGCAAAUACGCCCUGGACGCACUCAAGCAGAUCCAGGACCCUGAGGAUCUGGACUACAGGAGCACGAACUACGACCUCUGGCUCCAGACGAAGCAGCAGCUACAGAACAGCACGGACACCAUCAUGGGCCACCACAUCCCGAGCCACCUUAUUGAGCACCCAACAGAGCUGGAGAGGUGGAAUGGCCCCACCUGGUGGGUCAUAGGUAACGAGAUGGCGGAUAAGUACGCAGGCUGGGGGGCGGAGCACGGAGCACUGGAUCCAGCUAUCAUCGUGCAGCAGCAGAUCAGAGACCAGAUCACCAUGGCGGUGCAGAACAGGCUGCUGGCCACCAACAUGGCGGCGAUGGUGGAGGACCCCAACAAGGCCCCUCAGCGUCCCAAGGCCAAGCGGCGAAAGCCGCAGACGGCGAGGGACAGGGCAGCCCAGCAGGGACACGACCUGCGAAAACUACAUCCGCGUUGGUGGUGCGCAACGUGCCGCAGUGGCCCAGCCAAAGGACAAAGCAUCAGAGACUGGUUGGCAGAGACGGGGAAAUGCCUCGGGAAGUACGGCGGCCACCAGGACCAGCACGGCAACGUCAGGCUCGACUUCAAGGCGGUGCAGAUCGGCACGCAGGUGGUGCACGGCUCCCACAAGACGCAGUACACCCAUGGCUGGCUCUGGUGCGAGAAAUGUGGCGGCACUAGCUACCUUGGGGACCACAAGAGCAGGAUCGUGGCAGGAGUGGCAAGGAAGCUGGCAAGGCCAUGUCAGCCCCCAACAGCAGCAGGGAGGCGAGUCAUGGAGAAUAUGCAGAGGGGCAAGCUGCCUAGAGGAGCUAAGCCAGCAGCAGACCCAGCUGAUGAGGGUCUCGACGAGAUCACCAUGCCAGGUGGCUUCAAGCUCGGCCUGAGCAGCGACGAGGUGAUCGAUCUGGACGGGGACAGCUCAGAGGCAGGGGACCCGCAGCCAGCUCCGCAGCAGCCGCCCAGCCAUCCGUACUCUGUCGUCCACGCCAGCUUGAGGCUCGUCGACCACAUGGAGGGUUACGCAGAGCUGUGGAUGAACAUGGUCAACCAAGAGGUCUGGGACGACAUGGACGACUGGAUGGAGCACUGCGUACCGUACCUCUUGACCAUCACCAAUGUGGGUGGCAGAACGGACACGCAAGAGCAGACCAGGGCCGUCACCGUGCAGGAGAUCCAGCAGAUAAAGGACUUCUGCGAAGAAGUCUGGCGCAACACGCACCGCACGCGACGGAGGCUCAUGACCAGGAUGCUUACCCUCCCGCAUGGCACAUGGCAGCAGGCAGCUAGAGUGCACAUGGACGCCUUCCACAACAGAAGGAACAACAUCAUAGCGCACAGCAUCCCCAGCAGUGAGCGCAGGCCGCUGCCGAGAACAGCGGAGGCCAGCCGAGAGUGGUCACCAGAGAACCUGGACGAUGAUGACUCGACCCCAGACAGUGAAGCCCCAGAGCUGGAGGGUGAGCCGAGCAGCCAGGAGAUGGAGACCAUGGCGGGACCUGAUCAGAGGCACGACGCCAACAGCCUGAUGCAGACGGCAGUGCAGGUGGCAGUAACGCUGACCAAGCCAGUGGGGCCCGACCUGAUGAAGUUCGUGAGCGAAGCUGACGAGGCCGGCUUGCUCCACCCAAGGCUUCGACACAACAAAGGAGAAGCCGACCAGGACCCCGAGCAGGAGGUGGCGUGGCUCGAGAGGAACAGGCUCGAGCAGCUCAUGCAGUCGCUGGCAG